CGCCGGGCACCCGGGCGGGAUGGCGCGAUCUCCCAUCACCACGCACGUGCUGGACACCACUCGCGGUCGACCCGCGAAGGAUGUCCCCGUGACCCUCGCCACCGUCAGCGUGGCGGACGGAUCAUCGUGGAGCGUCAGCGGCCUGACCGACGCGGACGGGCGCAUCGCCGAUCUCCUCCCGGCGUCGCACGACCUGCAGCCCGGGGUGUACGUGAUAACCUUCGAGUGCGAGGAGUACUUCCGGCGCACCGCAUCGCAGUACGGUGUAUCCGGGUUCUACCCCAAGGUUGCCAUACACUUCGAGGUCAAGGCGGACCAGGUGAAGGAGCACUACCACGUCCCGCUGCUCCUCAACCCCUACGGGUACAGCACCUACAGGGGCAGCUAACUUUUAGCCAACUUUUAGCUAGCAGACGGAUAGUGCUAGGUAGAACGAGAGGGGCACGUCGUGUC